AUUUUCUUAUUAAAUAUUUAUGAUAUAUAUGACCUUUAUGUUUUUAUUUUUCAUUAUUGAUAUUAUUAUAAAUUUUUGAACACAUUAUUAUAAAAAAUUAAUAAAAAAUGCUAUUAAUUCGAUUAUAAUUUGUAUUUAAAUAAAUUAUUUUUUAAUUUAAGUAAAUUAUUCUAUUUUAAUUAUAUAUUCUAUUAUUUUUAUAAUUUUAAAUAAUUUUCUAUUUUUCUAAAUUUUAAUUAAUUACAUAAUCAAUAUAAUAUAAACUAUUCAUAUAUGUUGGUAUUAUUGAACUUUUGAAAUAUUCCUUAAUAAGUUAAUUAAUUUAUUUUCAUUUUAAAUUUUAUUUUCAUUACUCAUUUAUUCUAUAGCGGAGAACUUUUAAUAAUAUGAUAAUAAUAAAAAUAUGUUGAAAACAAGAUAAAUAAUAUAUAUAACAUAAUUCUAUAACAAUAUUUUAUGUUUUCAUUCAAAUAUUUAUUUAUAAAUGAGGUGACAUGACAUGCGCCAUGGAAAAUAGGACAUAGCAAUGGCUUAAAGAAGAAGAAAAGAUCGUGCACAUAACUAUUACUUCAAUUAUUUCGAUGCUCAGUACGUUUUUCUAUAUUUUUUGUAUGUCUAAAAACCGAUUUCCGUUUGAACAUAAUAUUUGCAAUUGGUCGAAAUAUGUACAAAUUAUAUACAUUCAAAUGUUGUGUUUGAAAUUGCAAUUCAAAUGUCACCAAAGCAACAAAGAACUCAUUCUCGAUUCAAGGUGAUAACUCCAUUUCGAUCAUUAGUUCUUUGUGGUGAAAGUAGACAAGAAAUGGAAGACUGGUUGAAUGCAUUAAGAACAGUAACAAAAAAUUGCCCUCAGACAGAUUCUGGAAUUGCAGAAAUGCUUAGUGGUAAUCAUCAAUGGUAUGCAACAAGUCAUGCAAGACCAACAUAUUGUAAUGUUUGUAGAGAUGCUCUUUAUGGUGUUACUUCUCAUGGUUUAAGUUGUGAAAUAUGUAAAUAUAAAGUUCAUAAACGAUGUAGUAUAAAAGCAAUAAAUAAUUGCAAAUGGACCACUUUGGCAUCUAUUGGCAAAGACAUUAUUGAGGAUAAAGAUGGGAAUAUUACUAUGCCUCAUCAAUGGAUGGAAGGCAAUUUACCAGUAUCUUCAAAAUGUUCUGUAUGUGAUAAAACUUGUGGUUCUGUACUCAGGCUUCAAGAUUGGAGAUGUUUAUGGUGUAGAGCUACAGUACACACAGCUUGUAGACCUGCCAUGAGUGUUAAAUGUCCAUUAGGACCAGUUAAAUUGAGUGUAGUUCCUCCUACAGCACUGCAUAGUAUAGGUAGUGAUGAAGCUUGGGAAGCUAUAAGACCUACUGGAUGCAGUCCACUUUUAGUAUUUGUAAAUAGUAAAUCUGGUGACAAUCAAGGUAUUAAAUUUCUUAGAAGAUUUAAACAAUUAUUAAAUCCAGCACAAGUAUUUGAUCUGAUAAAAGGAGGACCAGGACCAGGGUUAAGAUUAUUUCGUCAUUUUGAUCCAUUUCGUAUUUUGGUAUGCAGUGGGGAUGGAUCUGUUGGUUGGGUUCUUUCUGAAAUUGAUCGUCUAGGAAUGCAUAAGCAGUGUCAAGUUGGAGUUCUACCAUUGGGAACAGGAAAUGAUUUGGCACGUGUUUUGGGUUGGGGAUCUUCUUGUGAUGAUGAUGCUCAUUUACCUCAGUUAUUAGAAAAAUAUGAAAAAGCAGGCACAAAAAUGCUUGAUCGAUGGAGUAUUAUGACUUUUGAACGUAGUAUAUCUUUGCCAUGUCCCAAAAGUGUUUUAAAUCAUCCUGAUACUGUACAAAAAUCAAAUAUUGCUAGUCAAUAUGAAGAGAAUAUUCUUACCCAUAUAACAAAUGUUUUGGAAUCAGAUCAAGAAAAUAUAAUUUUAUCUAGUAUUAGAAUUUUAUGUGAUACAAUAAAAGAUUUUGUAGCAUAUAUAAUGGAAAAUAUAAACUCAGAGGACCAACAAGUGGAAGAAAAAUGUAAAAUACUUCAGCAAAAAUUUAAUUUGUUCUUAACAAUAUUAUGCAAAGAAGAAGAAUAUCUAUCAACUGAACACAUAGAUGAUGCUGAUAAUAUUAAUUUACAUACUGAAAUUUCUGUUUCAUCUGAUAAUUGUGAAAAAGGAGUAUUAGAAAAGCCAGAGAAAGAUAUAACAAAUUUAAAAAAAGUGCAAAAAAGAAAACAAUUUGCAGAUAAAGAAAUUGUCAUGUCAAGAGCAAAUAGUUUAAAGAGAACUGUAAGAAAAUUUGUAGAAUAUGCUCAAUUGGUUAUAGAUGAUCAAAUUAAUGUCAACUCAAAACAUGGUAAUAAAAUAGCAAAUACAAAUAGUUCAUUAGAUGAUAGUACAAUAAUAAAUUCAAUAUUGAGCAAAAAAAAACAAUUAAAUAUUCCUGGUUUAAAAGUAGAUCAUGUUGAAAGUUUAUCUGUAGAAACACUAAUAGAAUCUGUAAAAAGUACAGAUAAUUCAAUAUGUACUAGUCCAACUCCUAAUGUAGCAUCUUUAAGUCCUAUACCAGAUCUUAGAAGAGAUUCUCAACCUGAAGAGAUAUUAACAUUACCUGCUCCUGAUGGUUUUGCUGAUAGUAGACGAAAUAGUGAAAAUUUACCUCAAGGUACAUUUAAUUUUCAUACCUCUAUGAUUCCUUGUAUGGAUAAUGAACAAGAAACGGAAAUACUUGAAUCUAAUGACCAACAAAUAUCUGAUUCCAAUAAUAUAGAAAUUUCUUCAGAAUUUCAAGUUAGUGUUACAAGAACCACUUUUGAUACAAGUUCACCUUCAGAAGAUGGAACUACACAAGACAUUUCAUCUGAUAUAGAUUCAAUCCAAUCACCAGAACAUGAACAAAAAUCAGAAAAUAAAACUAAAAUGGAAGUACUUAAAGGAUAUAUAGGUAGUGAUACAUUUGAUUCCGAAAUUAGACACAUUGAUUCUCCUGAUAAUUCAGAAAUGAUUACUAGUGAAUUACAAAAUUCUGAAAGCUUAAUAGGACAAGAUUUAACUAGUAUUAUAAAUGGAGAAGAAUAUGAUUCUGUAAGAGAGUAUUUAGAAAAUGAAUUAGAAAAUACUGAUAUUACAAAUGAAAUUGCUAAAUCAUUUAAGAAAUCAACAAAAUAUUCUACUGUUAUAGAAAUGGAGAAUAAAUUUAAGUACAAAAUGGGAUCAAUAGAACAAAAUGUAAACAAGGCAAAUAAAUUUAAAGAGCAAGAUGGUAAGGCAUCUGAUUUAUUACGCCCUGUUUGUUGCUUUACUGUAUCUUCAGAUACUACUCCAACAAAUGAAAAACGUAAUAGCUUUCCACCCACAAUAAGUGUUAUAAUUAAUCCUCCCAGUCCAUCAAUGUCAAUUGAAAGUCAACAUGAUUCAGAUGCAGAAUAUAAAAUGAAUCCUUAUUUAAGACGACAUACUAACGAAAGUAUGGAAAGAUUAAGCGUGGAACUACCUGAAUUAGGUUUUUCUCCUCAAGCAACUCGUCGAAUUAGUAGUGGAAGUUUGUUAAAAGCAUCAGAAGUUGUUUCUUUAGCUGCUACAGCUGCAAGAUUUGGUGGUUCUAAUGCAAGUUUACGUCAUGAAAGAGUCAAAUCUGUUGAUAAAACAGAAGAUGUUAAAAAACUUCCAAUUAUUAAUCCAUUAGUUCAGUUACCUAUGUGGCCAAAUGUUAGUGGAGGAACUGGACUUAUUAGUCAAGCAUUACUUGCAAAUGCAGAUGCACUUUGUGCUGCAGUAUCACCAUUGAUGGAUCCUGAUGAAACAUUAAUGGAAGGUUAUUUUGAACGUUGUGUUAUGAAUAAUUAUUUUGGAAUUGGCAUAGAUGCAAAAAUUAGUCUUGAUUUCCAUCAUAAAAGAGAAGAACAUCCUGAAAAAUGUCGAUCACGAGCAAAGAAUUAUAUGUGGUAUGGUGUAUUAGGAUCUAAACAAUGGUUACAAAAAACAUAUAAAAAUCUUGAACAAAGAGUACAAUUAGAAUGUGAUGGCCAACGAAUACCAUUACCUUCCUUACAAGGAAUUGUUGUAUUAAACAUUCCAAGCUUUAUGGGUGGUACAAAUUUUUGGGGAGGCACAAAAGAAGGAGAUUUGUUUUUAGCACCUUCAUUUGAUGAUCGUAUAUUAGAAGUUGUAGCUGUAUUUGGUUCUGUUCAAAUGGCUGCAUCACGAUUAAUUAAUUUACAACAUCAUAGAAUUGCACAAUGUCAAACAGUUCAAAUUAAUAUUUUGGGUGAUGAAGGAGUACCUAUACAAGUUGAUGGCGAAGCUUGGAUUCAACCUCCUGGUAUUAUACGUAUUAUACAUAAAAAUCGUAUGCAAAUGCUUUACAGAAAUAGGGCACUUGAAACAUCUUUAAAAACAUGGGAAGAAAAACAACGCAGUACACUCAAUGCAAUAUCCCAAUCAAUAUCAACUUUAAGCACUACACAAUUGCAAUCACAAUCUAAACUUCUUCAAAUACAUAAUAAACCAACACAUUUAAAUGAGGAAGAAAUGUAUAUUCUAUUGGGAUUUAUUGAAGUGGUUACAACUUUAGUUAAGUGGGUUAAACUUCUCAUUAUAUCACAUCCAAGUUUGGAACCAGAUUUAUACCAAGUUGCAGCACGAACAGCACAGGCACUUGAACAAGUUCAUCCAGAUGGAAAAAUUUUGCAAGGAAUUAAUUUAAGACCAGUAGUAACAGAAUUGGUGUCAAGUGCAAGACAACUUUAUGAAGACUCAUGUGAAUUACUCAGAGAUAAAGCACAUAAUUUAAAAUUACGAGAAGACUUAGAAAAUAAACUUUCAUUUUCUUUGGCCAGUAUGGAACAAGAAUUAAAAAAAUGUACAUUUGAUGAAGGAGGUACAAGAUUAGUAUAUUUACAAAACUUACCAUCAGAUGAACAGGGAGAUAAAAAGAAUCGUCAUAGAGGUUUGUUUUGGUUAAAGUUUCGACGUUCAGGAAUUAAUUCUGGAACAAAUCUUGCUCGAGAUCAAAUUACUACAUGGGGCGUACAAGAAGUAUGUUGCUGGUUGGAAAAUCUACAGUUAGGUGAAUAUACCGAAAAAUUUAUUUCUCACGAUAUAAGAGGUAGGGAGUUAUUAUCAUUAGCUCGUAGAGAUCUCAAAGAACUUGGUAUUAUUAAAGUAGGACAUGUUAAACGAAUCUUACAAGCUAUCAAUGAUCUAAAUAAUUAAAUACAUGACAUUUAUUUAAAUAUUAAAACUAUACAAUUAAUUAAAAUUAUUAAUUAAUUAAAGUAGUUAGUAAUUAAAAGUUUAAAAUAUACAAUCAAACAAAAAAUGUUAUGCCAGUUAAUAACUAUCUGGAUGCUAUUAACAUAGAUUUAAAAAAAUAUAUAGAUACAAAUAUACAUUAUUUGAAAAAUAGAAAAAAGAUUAUACAAUUAAAAAUUAUGUGUAACAAUAAGAUAGAAUACAAAUAUAACAUGAAUAUUCUAAUAAAAAGGGGCACUUAGUGUGACACAGCAAUGUUAUAUGAAAAUUAUUUUCUAUACUGCUGUAUUUAAUAAAAUAAUAUUACUUGUGCCAAACUA